GCUGUAGAGGUGCACUCCACCCCGUCCUGGGACGCAGGACUCUUCCAGAAGAAAACAUAUGCCAGGGAGUGUGUGGGCCACAGGGCACAGUGAGCUGGUUUGGGAAUUUACUGGAGAGGGGUGGAAUUACUCACCUGGGGAGGCGUCUUUUAGAAUGGAAAAGCCACCUGUAAUUGCCAUAGCACAGAGAUCCUCUGAGGCAAUGCGAACCCUCUCUGUCAAAGCUACAUCUCCUCUUCAAGCUAGCCUCUGGGAAGCUGCUAGUAAGGGGGAAGAAAUUCAAGGCUUUCAAAUGUUCCCUGUCCUGGAAGAGCAGGACCGCCAGGGUAAUAUUGUAAGAGUGCAUGUUCCCAUUCCUUUCAAACAGCUUAAGGAGUUAAAAACAGCAUGUAGUCAAUAUGGCCCGACUGCUCCUUUCACAACAGCAUUGUUAGAAAGCCUGGCUUUAGAAGUUUUCCCCCCGAGUGAUUGGAAACAAAUGGCUCGAGCAUGUCUAUCUGGAGGUGACUAUCUGCUGUGGAAAAGUGAGUUCGUGGAACAGUGUCAGGCCACAGCUGAAAUAAGUCGGGCACAACAGAUUCCUAUCACCUUUGAUAUGCUCGCUGGGGAAGGCCCUUAUCGAGAGACAGGUCAACAGUUAAACUUUGAUAUAGCAGUGUAUGCUCAGGUUCAGGCCGCUGCCAAAAGGGCUUGGAAUACGCUUCCAUCAUCAGGAAGACAAACUGAGGAUCUGUCCAAGAUAAGGCAAGGGCCUGAUGAGUUAUUUCAAGAUUUUGUUUCCAGAUUAAUGCAAACGGCUAGCAGAUUGAUUAGUGAUUCAGAAGCUGGACUUUUACUUGUAAAACAACUUGCAUAUGAAAACGCCAAUGCAGCAUGUCAGGCCACGAUACGCCCUUUUAGAAAAAAGGGAAACAUUUCUGACUAUAUCCGACUUUGUUCUGAUAUAGGACCAUCAUACAAUCAAGGGAUAGUCAUGGCCGCAGCAUUACAAGGAAAAACGGUUAGGGAUGUUCUAUACCAGCAAAGACACCCUAAUUCCAGACAAGGGAAAGAUACUGGACCUUCUGGAAGUUGUUUUGGGUGUGGACAGAUGGGACAUUAUAUUAGAAGUUGCCCUAGCAAGAGAAGGGGCUUCGGAUCAAAUAGAGAGCCUGGGUUAUGCCCAAGAUGUAGGAGAGGGAAACACCAGGCUAGUGAAUGCACAUCAAGGGCAAACACCCAGAAGAGUCCGUUUCAGGGAAAUGGACGGAGGGGCCCGCCCCAGGCCCCGACAAAAUAGACUUUGGGGUAAUUCAGCAGUCAAUCCUCCGGCAAAGAAAUAUAUUCAAGACCUCUAUAGGGCAACACCAGGUAGUGCUGGAUUAGACCUCAGUUCUUCCAUCUAUACAGUUUUGACCCCUGAAAUGGGAAUGCAAGCCCUCCCUACAGGUGUUUAUGGACCUUUGCCACAGGGCUCUGUGGGGUUAUUGUUGGGCAGAAGUAGUACUACCAUGCAGGGAAUUCUAGUUGCCCUUGGAGUGAUUGAUGCUGACUAUAUGGGAGAAAUAAAGGUGAUGACUCAUUCACCCACAAGAAUUUCAGUAAUAAAGAUCGGUCAGAGACUUGCACAGUUAAUCUUACUUCCUCAAAUACAAACAAAAAAUCCAAUUAAAAGAGAUGAGAGAGGAGAGGCUGGAUUCGGUUCGUCAGAUGCCUAUUGGUUACAAGCCAUAGGACCACAACGCCCAGAACUUACAUUAGUCAUAAAUGGGAAAAAUUUCUCGGGUCUUUUAGAUACAGGCGCAGAUUUAUCUGUUAUAUCUGCUAGUCAAUGGCCUGCUAUGUGGCCCAAAAUGGAGACUAUUACACAGCUGCAAGGGAUUGGUCAAACUCAGUGUCCCGAGCAGAGCAGCAAUGAGCUCUCCUGGAGAGAUGAGGAGGGUCAUGAAGGGACUUUUCGGCCAUACAUUGUCCCUCACUUGCUGGUAAAUUUGUGGGGUCGAGAUGUUAUGAGCCGUAUGGGAGUAUACUUAUAUAGUCCCAAUACAACUAUCUAUGAACAAGAAGUUCCUGAUCAAAAGUUAAUGGAAAUGUCUGCCGGGCGGUGGU